GCUCGAAGAGGAACGGAUCGAUCGCAGCGAGAAGUAACGAUGGCCGCCAGUGGGAAGGUCAAGUACGCCAAGCUGAGACUGUUUAAACCUUCCACUUCCGGUGCCAGCAAGCCGGAAGUGUCACAGGAACAUGGGGAAAGUCCAAAAGAACCUCCCGCCCCGCUACCGGAAGUGAUCGAUCUCGUCGACAGCGAACCGGAACCGGACGAGAUGUUGCUCAAGCGCACUCGGCUAGACUCGCGUGAAAAGUCUCCCGACUCACCAAUCCUUCGGUUGCCAAAACUGCCGCGGAAACCUCCCGAAGGCGGUUCCGGAAUGAUCAGCAAAUUCUUCAAAGUCUCCGAAGAUGACUUUGAACCGGUCAAGAAAGAGUCAACUGCGCCAAAGGCGAAAACAAAAGUGCAACGAAAGGUUACAACGAGGAAGCCUCGAGCGCCCCGCAAAUCCUCCCAGGACAUCCGGAAGGCGUUCCAAAAGUACCAGGACAAUGACGAACUGCUGCUCAACGAACUCAUGGUGGAACACUCCCGCGCGGAACAGAUGGACCCGGAACAGCUGCAGCUCGCCAUCGCCAUGUCCCGGUCACUGUCCGAGCAGCACGGCGUCGUCGAAGACAUCAGCGAUUCGCAACAACCCGAGGUCGGCAGCAGUGCCAGCGAAUCGACGCUGCAGGAACGCCGCCUCCAGGGCAUCCGAACCACGCUGGAGCAGUACGGGUUCAAGUGCAAGGGCAACUACGCGGACCAGGAUUUGAACGCCCUGUUUGGGACGCCUCCGGGACCGAAAACCGGUCGGAGAGGAAAGACGCGACGGAAGACGAUGCUGAUCCGGCGGACUCCGGAGGACAUUGUGGCAUUCAUGGAGCGUGGCGCGGAACGAUUGCUUCGGGAAGAUCUUCACGCGGUACUAAAAGACUCCGGAGUCGUCCAGCUGGACGCUCGAACCUACGGCAGUGACGUAUUCUGGAUGAACGAAAAUCCGAGCCUUGGCGAAGGCGCCAUUCCGGAAUACUUCGUCGAAGGGCUGAUGGAACCGCAUCCGGCCAAGGCCGGCUGCCUGUUGAAAGAUUGGCACGCGAUUCCGGGUCGAGAACGCACCCCAGAGCGGACACGAACCGUUCCGGAAGUCGAACCUCCAGCGCCACCGGAAGUGCCCGAUCCGAACCUGUCAGAAGUACUUCAGGAGCCGGAAGAUGCCCUGCUGGAUAUGGACACCGUCCCAGACGAGUAUCGAGAAAAGUAUAACAAUGAAGUUCCACUUCCGGUUCGCGUUGCGAACAACGACGAAUUGCGACUUUCGAUUCCGGAAACGGUCGAGAGUAAAGCUGAAGUGGAACCGGAAGACGACAAAGUUAUGGUCAUUUCCGAAGAAGUUCCAGAAACUAUCGAGGCUGAAGCGGAAGUGAUACCGGAAGCAGCGCCUCUCACCGAGAAAGAGACAUCGGACGACGAUGAAGUGAUGGUCGUUUCGCUUCCCACGACACCGCUUCCAGUGUUUGCUCAACCGUCUGCGAGUUCGCCGGAGCUGUUUGAUUCGGAAGAGGGUGAAGAGGAAGAAGGAGUGUUUCUGACCGCGCCGGAGGAAGUGGCCGCUGACGAAAAAGUUGAGCAGGUGUUGCCUUCGACGUCGGUGCCACCGCCACCGGAGGAGGAGGAGUUGUGCACCAGUUCGGACAAUAUGUUUGAGGAUUUCGAUCCGGCGGACGUGUCCGAACCGAUCGUGGACUGCGACAUGUACUCCAGUGAUGAAGAUGUCCACCUCUUCCAAACGUGCUGCCGUCGACCCUAACCCGCUCGAGUCCAUCGCCGAAGCCAUGCCAGAAGAAGACGAUGUCGCCGUCCCGCACGAUGACUUUGCCACGGUGAUCACACUGAGUUCCGGCGAUAGCAAUUCCGUCGAUCGAUUCGUGCAGCUUAAACGACGCUCCUCGACGGA